AUGGCUCCUCCUACUUCAGCCUGUGACUUGAGCCAUUUUCUUUCUUCCUGGAUUUUUUUUUUUAACAACUGGUCUAGAGGCUGCUGAUAGGUAAGAGCACGAGACUUUUUAAUGCUAGAAAAGACACAUAAUGAAUACAGCAAAUUAAUAUAACCUAGAUACUAUUUUGGCUAGAUAUAUUCUAUUUACUACUUCACAAGAGAGGUGCUGGGAUUGCAAUAAGGAAUACUGUAGAGGACAUCUUAGCAAUAUUAAAGAGAGAGUACUUCGAGAACUAAGCAUAGAACAUUUAUAUAAGUUAAUCAAAUAGCGUUUUGAGGUUUAUACUGCAGUUUUAAUAAUUUCAUUGAACUACUUCUUUGGAAAUACAUUUAAACUUUGCAAAGACUUUGUAAAUGUAAACUUGUAAUCAGAAAGUGGAUCAAUGAGCUUGUCUUCAUAUAGUUAAUCAUUUUAACAUGCAGCUGUGUACAAUUUUGGUGCUAGGUGAAAUAACGUGAAGGAAUUAAUUGGGAAUGCAUUAUUCUAACAUGCUUUUUGGUUGAUUAGUAUCCUAAGUGGUGGUGUGGAUAUUUGCAUUGUCUCCUUUUUCUCCUCUGUGCAUUUAAGUUGAAGUCUGUACUCUUAUGUGUAAUGGUGUAUACCCCAGGUGCUUCCUUACAACACUCAGCUUUAUUGCCCUAACUUACUUUUACUACCCUGCAGCACUUCACUGAUACUUUUCAUUGAAAGAGGACAAGAGUACAAAUUAAUUGCAGUAAAGAUAGAUUGCAGGUGCAAGAUAACAUAACCAUAGAUACAGGAAAUGGGGCAUGCUGGGAGACGGGGUGCUGGGCUUAGUGAGAGUGUGAGAGGAGCUGUUAGAAAGGAGCGGCUGCUGGUAGUUAAGUCACCACUGGCACCUUGCUCUGAGAAUUGUGCACCAGAAUGUGACUCACCACUGCAGAAUCAAGGUGAAGUUCCUAUCACCAUCACCAUUGAUCCUUCAGUUGUCCUUGUUGGUGAGCAAGUAACUUUGUCUUGCCAGCUGACGUCCAGAAUCCCCUCCAACACAAGUGUGCUUUGGUACAAAGAGGAAAAGGGAAGAGAUGCUCCACUCUGCUCUUCCUCCAGCCUGGAUGGGGAGGUGGAGCAGUGCCAGCAUGAAGAACGGUGCAGGAUUAAAGGGCUCUGGGAGAGAAGAAGAUUUCUCCUGAUUAUCCAAAAAGUGCAAAUAGCUGAUAGGGGGGUGUACAUUUGUGUUGUGAGUGGCAAUGCUGUCUCCCAGGAGGCUGUCACUCACCUUGAUGUUAUAGCGAUAGGGAACCAGCCAGCUUUGGUAAAGGAUCAGCAAGAGGAGAGCUUGUGUCACUACACAUGUAACUCAGAAGGAUGGUACCCAAGGCCUCAAGUCACUUGGACAACCUAUGGAGGAGGCAAAAAAAAUGUGGAGAUCAAGACCAAUGUCACCUGGAGUGAGACAGACCUUUUUGUAGUACAAAGCAUCAUGACAGUUCCUUGUGAUGAUGUAGAUGUGAAAUGUGUCAUUAUGCUCAUCAAAGAAAAGAUAAACCAAACUGGAUCCUUGAAUGAAAUGAUUCUGCAAAAGCCAAGCACUGUACAUACUUGUAUGUACAAGAGCCAAAUAAAAGGUACCUGUGCAAAUCCCAAGGCUGUUUUGGAUAUUCCCCAAGGAGAACAUUUAUCUUCACUGACCAAGACAAGCAUUCUAGAGGAGAAGUACAAUAUUUUUGCAAUAGAAAACUCUGUUGAGAUAUGUGGACAGCCACCACCUUCUGGUUUGACAACUGAUAGGGAAUCCUAUCUACAUAUUGUUCAGCAGUCAGAAAACCACAACUGGCUCUGGAUUCUUUAUCUCUUUUGCCUCAUUUUUGUAUUAGCAUUUGUACUACAGAUUUUCAAAAUCAUCCUCUGGCAUCCAUUCAUUGACACAGAGGAGCUCCAGGCACGAGGAAGAUCAAGGGUGGAUGCAGAGAUAGGGACCCUGAAGAAGGAGAUUGAGGAGCUCCGUGCCAAGUAUGCACCAUGUGAGAAGCAGAUUGCGCAAUGUCAGAAGCAGCUUGAGGAGAUCCAGGCACAAGGAAGAGCAGGGGAGGAUGCAAAGAAAGGGACCCUGAAGAAGGAGAUUGAGGAGCUCCGUGCCAAGUAUGCACCAUGUGAGAAGCAGAUUGCGCAAUGUCAGAAGCAGCUUGAGGAGAUCCAGGCACAAGGAAGAGCAGGGGAGGAUGCAGAGAAAGAGGAGCUCCGUGCCAAGUAUGAGGAGCUCCAGGCACGAGGAAGAUCCAGGGUGGAUGCAGAGAUAGGGACCCUGAAGAAGGAGAUUGAGGAGCUCCGUGCCAAGUCUGUGAUUCUGGAGAAGGAGAACGAGGAGCUUCGUGCCAAGUCUGGGACCCUGAAGAAUGAGAUUGAACAGAGUUAUUGCGUGUACAAAGACAUAAAGUUGAUGUCACCCUUGAUGCUGACACAGCUCAUCCUAGACUGCAAGUAUCUGAAGAUGGGAAGAGUGUAACAGAUACUGGUGUGAUCAGAAAGGUGCCCGACAAGGACGAGAGAUUUGAUUCCCACACUUUUCUGUUGGCAAAGGAAGGUUACAGAUCGGGGAGACACUACUGGGAAGUAGACGUUGGAAAGAAGCGAAACUGGAACUUGGGUGUUGCCCAGGAGACUGUGAGACGAAAAGAGACAGUUGCUCUGUCCCCUAAGAAUGGUUUCUGGGUCAUAGGGUUAGCAGAUGGGCAAGAGUAUUGGGCCCUCUCAGAUCCUUGGACCCGUUUGAUGGUGAGUGGGAGACCACAGAAGAUUGGGAUCUUCCUGGACAUCUCAUCCAAGAAGUUGUCAUUCUUCAGUGUUCAUCAGAAAAAAUUGCUGUACACUUUUACCUCUGUUAAUCAUCACAGCCGGAAUGUGAAGCUUUUUCCUUUCUUUUCAACAGGUUCAGCUGCAACCAGUUCUGACACUGAGCCUCUAAGAAUUGCAGGGGGGUUUGAUGAUGAUAAGUGAAGGGUUGAAGUGAAAAUGCAUGGUUAAUUAAUGACCAAAAUCCAAAGUCUGAGGUCAGAUGACAUUGUAUUCAGCCCCAUGCUUUGUGCCACCGAGUAGAAACAUAUAAAAUUCUUCCAUCAUUGCUUGCUAA